AUGGCUGAGGAUAAAUCCACAGCCUUCAGCGCCAUUAUAGUCGGAGGCGGCCCUGUAGCCUUGACCGCGGCGCAUGCCCUAUCCCAAGCUGGCAUCGACUAUAUAGUCCUCGAACGACGGAAGCAACUCGAUACGGACUCUGGCGCAUCCGUUGCUGUAUGGCCGCACAACGUGCGCCUCCUGGACCAGCUCGGUUUGCUAGAGGAGGCGGAACAAACGUAUAUGCCGGUGAAAAACAAGCGCAAUUUGAGGAAAGACGGCUCCGAAUUGUCGAGGAGUAACAUGUUCGAGGCUAUAGGAACCAACCACGGCCACCCUUGGAUGUGCUUCCACCGUGCGAAACUUAUGCAAAUGCUGUAUCACAGACUUCCUGACACAACAAAAGUGCUGCUCGACAAAGAAGUGGUCUCUCUACAAAACACCGAUUCCGGUGUGACAGUCACUUGCGCCGAUGAGACCACGUAUUCGGCCUCUAUCGUCAUCGGAGCCGAUGGUGUGCAUAGCAGCGUCCGAAAGCUGAUGAAUGAGGCGGUCGGCAAGAAGGACGAACCUUUUCUGUCAACUUAUCGUGGUCUUUAUGGAUAUGCAAAGCGCUCACCAGAGCUGGAGCCUGCCACGUUGUACGAGACACACGAGCGCAACCUGACCAUCCAACUUAUUGUCGCUGAAGAACAACAACACUUUCUGGUGUACGAGCGUCUACCAAAACCUACAAAGGACCGCACGCGGUACACGCCUGAGGAUGCCGACGCUCUCGCCAAGAAAUUUGCAGACGUUCGCUACCCUGGUACCAAGGAAGGCGAAUUCGUCACAUUUGGCGAUGUUUGGGCUCAGAAGCAGUGGGCUGUACUGGCAAAUCUUGAGGAAGGCAUUGUCAAAACUUGGCACGAGGGACGCGCCGUGCUUGUGGGCGACGCUGUCCACAAGAUGACACCCAAUACAGGAUUCGGAAUGAACAGUGGCCUGCAAGGCGUUGCGCAGCUUGUCAACAGAUUGCACAGUCUCGUACAGAAGACUUCGGACCCCGACAACGCAACUCUGACCCAACUCUUCCGCGACUAUCAGACCUCGCGAAUGGGCAACUCCAAAGAAGCUGUCGACAUGUCCGCCUUAUACACGAGACUAGUCGCCUGGAACAACCCGGUUUGGAAGUUCACUGAUCAGUAUCUUCUUCCGUACGUUAAAGGCGAUGUCACGUCACUAAAUGUCCUCAUGUCGCCAAUAGUACAGAAGGGCAUUCCGUUGGACUUUUUAGAAGAGAAGGCAUUUAAACAUGGCACAUAUGCCUACCAUGUUGGGCCUGCGACUGUGGGUUCUUCAUAA